AUGGGCCAAGCAAUCUCAGCAACGCAAUUUUACCUUUACGGCAGACGGCACUUCACUUCAACUGGAUAUACCCGCCAUGUCAAAAAAUACAAGUCACCCGUCCAGACGUCUCCCACCAUUCGAUUGGGCCAAGAAGGAUCCGACGGCGUCAACAUGGAAGGCAAAGUCGUGGUGAUUACGGGUGCCAACUCGGGGAUUGGGAAAGAAAUGGCAACCUACGCUCUGGCCAAGGGCUCCAAAGUCUACAUGAUUUGCCGCUCCAAAGACCGCGCCGAAGCGGCCAAACAGGAAAUCCUGCAAGCUACUUCCACUUCAGGCGAUGACAGUAAUAAUCUCCAAAUUCUACUCGCCAACACGGGAGAAUUGGCGCAAGUGCGAGCCGCCGUUCAGAGUUUGCAGGCACAAGAAACCAAAGUGGAUGUGCUGAUCUGCAAUGCGGGAGCAUUGUUGAAUCAACGAACGGAAACCAAAGAAGGCAUUGAAGUCACAUUUGCAUCGCAUUUGCUAGGAGGAUCCUACUUGAUUUCGCAAUUGCUUUUGCCACAACUCCAGGCCGCCAACAAUCCACGCGUCAUUUUUGUCACUUCCGGUGGCAUGUUGACAUCCAAAUUUCCCGAUUGGGAAACCGCCACGUGCACCAUGAAAGAGGACGCCGACAAGAAAUAUUCCGGAGAACUCAGUUAUGCCUAUGCCAAGAGAGGACAAGUGCUGCUGGCCGAGCGACUGACGGAAACCAUGCCAGCCAUUCAAUGGAUCACCGCACACCCCGGUUGGACCGCCACUCCCGCCGUAGACAGUGCCUUUGGAGACAAUAAAAAGUAUUUGGAACCCAUGCGUAACAUGUGGCAAGGUGCUGAAGGAAUUGCCUAUCUCAUGGGAGCACCCAAGGAUGUAAUCCAAAGUGGAGCAUUUUAUCUGGAUCGAACACCACAGGCCAAACACAUUGCCGGGCCGUUCUUUUCGGAAGGAUCCUUCACCAAGAAUACCAAUGCGGAAGUGGACGAAAUGAUGGCCAAACUGAAAGAAAUGGCGGGUGUGUAA